CAAUGAGCACAGCUACAAGACUCAGCUGGACUUGAAGCUAGACUGAUUCCCAUCUGUGGCAGGGGAAACAAAGCAGUGACGUUUUAUCUGAUCAGCAUGGAUGUCUCAGAGGAGAAUGACUACUACUACCAUGAGAACAUCAGCCUCAACUUCAGCUACGAGGACUACCCGGCCCUCUGUGAAAAGGGUGACGUUCGUUCCUUCGCAGCCCUCUUCCUCCCCAUCAUGUAUACUAUGUGUCUGGUGGUGGGACUGGCGGGAAAUGGUUUAGUUGUCGGAGUCUACGCCUACCACAAGCGCCUCAAGACCAUGACGGAUGCUUUCCUGACCCACCUGGCUGUGGCUGACCUGCUCCUGCUCUUCACGCUGCCUUUCUGGGCUGCUGAUGCGACGAGGGGCUGGGAGCUGGGUGAGGCCACCUGUAAGAUUGUGUCUGCCUGUUACACAGUCAACUUCACCUGCUGCAUGCUGCUGCUGGCCUGCAUCAGCCUGGAUCGAUACUUGGCGCUGGCCAGGGCGCAAGGUAAAGACCAAAGUCAGAGCUUGCAGAGGAUAUUCACAAGGAGACACUGCUGGAAGAUGUGUUUAGUUGUGUGGGACAGCUUUGUCCUUGGUCUUCCUGAUUUAAUACUCUCAGAAGUGAAAUGGGCAUCUAAUAGGAGCAUCUGUCUAGCUAUCUACCCUCCAUCAAUGGCUGGAGGAGGGAAAGCUGCUCUGGAGAUAGCAGAGGUGCUGCUGGGAUUCCUGCUUCCAUUCCUGGUUAUGGUGAUGUGUUACUGGAACGUGGGCCGAGCACUAAAGGGCCUCCCUGUGGAGAGCAGAGGCAAGAAGUGGAAAGCUUUACGUGUCCUCCUAAUAGUAGUGGGGGUGUUUGUGGUCACUCAACUGCCUUAUAACGUGUUGAAGGUCUACCGAGCGAUGGACACAGUCUAUGCAUUAGUGACCCACUGUGGGACGAGUAAAGUGUUAGACCAGGCGGCUCAGGUGACGGAGAGCUUGGCCCUCACUCACUGCUGCCUCAACCCGAUCCUCUACGCCUUCGUGGGGUCGUCUUUCAGACAGAACAUGGUGAAAGUGGCCAAGAAGUUUGGCAAGAAUAGAAGAAAGAGAAGGGAAAAUCCUGCAAGGGAAGAGAUGGAGAUGUCAUUUAACUCCCAUAGUGCAUCCCAAGAGACAAACACAUUUUCAAUAUGAGUGAACACUAGAGUGUCAUGGAGACAGAGGAAGACAUGUGAAUCUAAAUUACUUAGCAGAUACAGACCAUUAAGAUUCCAAUACACAAAUUCCACGUUGUUUUAACAAUUCCCUUCACAAUUCAUCAAAAAAAUUGUUAGUCAUAUUUUUCUGCUCCCGUUUGUUAAAAUGUCUUUGAGCUAGGUAAUCUUGUUCCCUUUCAAAGUCAAAAAAAGUGUAGAUUUUUUCUGUUGUAAGUGAUGAAUAAAAAAGGGGUUUGGUUUCAUUUUUUUAUACAAAGUUGGCAUGACAAUAAACUCUUUGAAAUUUAACUUGCAAAGAACCUUUUACAGUCAAAAAUGCUUUUUGGAGAAUAUCUCACAAGCUUAAAUGCUUAAAUGUUUUUUUUUUGUUUAUCCAGAAGUUUGAGAUAACAGACAUUCCUUUCAGGAUUUCACAAGAAACAAUCAACACUAAUAGUAACACUUUCAGUACAGUACACACGCAGUACAAAGCAUAAAUAAGAUAAAUUUUUUGAAACUUCAUACUAAUUACACACUUUGCUCUUUUGGAAAACGUAACUGCAAAUUUUUUUGAUAUUAUGGUUGUUUCAAUUGUAAUCAACUUAAGUAAAUACUUGAUACUUUCUAAUGCACUUGAUGUUACACAUCUGCACAGCCUAUAAACCAGAUGUACUACACAUUCCUGCACCACUGAUGUGAAGUAAGGCAGCAUGAUUUUGGAGCUCCAAUAUUGUGAAACUCUGUACUUUCUAAUUGCGUACUUUUUUUUUUCUUAACUUAAGGCAGUUCCUGUAAAUUAAAAGAUACCACACAUCAGCUUGUUUGCACAGUG